GCCAGCCUAAGUCCAAAAAUGAGUAAAAACGGAGCAGCUCUAGGGUUUGUCCCUUCGCGAAAAUCUGCCCCAAAAUCCUAGAGUUUGCAGAUCCUCAAAGAUAGCCCUCAAAUGUCUGCGUUUUUUUCAUUUUGAAGCGAAAAUUUGUGAACCAUUUUUUUGUGAAACAUUUAUUUCUGGAAAAGUAAUUUUUUCUUGCCAUCGCUCGAGCACAUUCUGGUUUCGUUCGAUCGUCCAUGGCGAAAACGAGGCAUGGCCCAGGUACAAGGGACGUUGAUUCUUACACCAUCAGAGGUACCAACAAAGUUGUUCGAGCUGGGGAUUGUGUAUUGAUGAGACCAUCGGAACAUGACUCAGCCCCUUAUGUGGCGCGUAUCGAGAAAAUCGAGACUGAUAACCGUAACAGUGUGAAAGUUCGGGUGAGAUGGUACUAUAGACCAGAGGAGGCUGCUGGAGGAAGGAGACAGUUCCAUGGAGCUAAGGAAUUGUUCUUGUCUGAUCAUUAUGACAUUCAGAGUGCUCACACCAUUGAGGGAAAGUGCAUCGUGCACUCGUUCAAAAAUUACACCAAGCUGGAGAAUGUGGGUCCCGAUGAUUACUACUGCCGUUUUGAGUACAAACCCGCUUCUGGAAAUUUCCUUCCAGAUCGAGUGGCGGUGUACUGCAAAUGUGAAAUGCCUUAUAAUCCAGAUGAUCUGAUGAUUCAGUGUGAAGAAUGCAAAGACUGGUAUCAUCCUGCUUGUGUGGAUUUGACCAUAGAGCAAGCAAAACAGUUGGAUCAUUUUGUUUGCUCUGAACAUGGAUCUGACGAGGAAACAAAGAAUCCUGGACUCUCAAGUGGCAGAGCAGCCCACAAGCGCCGGAGGAAGUAAUUUGAUCCAACCCAUUUUCGAGAAUUGCAGAAUGUGUACCAGGAGUGUAUUGGGCUGUUGUACAGAGGCAGGGGAUUGAAGUGGUGGUCCGUUUAGACUAGCGACUGUUUAUAAAAAAAAUUAGACUUCAAGUGAUUUGGAGGUUUUGUGAAUGCAAAAAUUCGUGUAUGGCUGAGUUUCGUGAAGAGAUUGAAUUGGCCGUUUGAUUAGCUUCCUGUUGUGACUGCUGAAAGCGAAGAUUAUGAGUAACUAAUUCAGAUUUUCUGCCAUUUUUCAACUGAGUAUGAUGAUUGCUUGCUUGCUUCCAUAUUUUAAGACUAAAUGAGCACAAGGAUGCAGAUUUUUGCUUUUG